ACAGGUUAGAUACCUAUUGGACACUUACGUGUUGAAUGUUUUUUUGGGAAAAGGUUUAAAAGCUCUUUUCUUUCGAUUUCUUAACUAAUGUGGAAACAGUAUAACGCAGUAAAUAAUGCAGAACAUGGAUGUGUGUAGAAUUUGCCUUUCAAGUUCGCCUGAAAAAGACUUCUGCCAUUUGAACAAUGUUGAUGAAGACGAAAAAAGUUACGAAGAGAUAUUGUUGUUUUGUCUCGAUAUUCAGAUCAUGAAGGACUCUAUAAUUACCAGAAAACUAUGUAUGAAAUGUUACGGACAGAUUUUGUCAUUUUACAAAUUCAAGAGUCUCGCUUUGAAGAACGAUGCAUAUUUAAAAUCUCUGGCAUACAGUGUUCUGAAAUUAGAUGUAUUUGCGAAUGACCACGAAGAAAAUGAAAAUACAAGUAAUCCUCCUGAAGAGUGCAAAGAGAUUGAUAGUCUCAACAGUGAUGUGAAAGAGGAACCGGAAAUCAAAGAAGAGAAAGAGGACGAAGUACUGGGGUAUCAGUCUGAUGACCAACUGUUGAGUUUCAUUAAAAUGGUGAAAUAUGAGCUGAAUGAAAAUAUAGUAGAAACUAAAGAAAAAGCAUCAGUAAAGAAACGAGGCCGUCCAAAGUCAAUCAAAACAGACAUUAAGAAAACUGAAAUAUGUGAAGAAUGUGGCAAAUCUGUACGUAACCUCAAAGAGCAUGCAUUGAGACACAUACCAAUGAAAGACCGCAAGCGCAUCAAGUGCAAGGAGUGUGACAAAACAUUCUCAACUUAUGGAUCUCGAUAUAAACACUACCGAAUUAAACACUUGGGAAUCAAGAAACAUUGUGAUAUUUGUAAUAAAGACGUAACAGACCUGAACACGCACCGCCUGGUGGCGCACAACUCGGAGCAGUUGCGGUUCGCGUGCGCUGUGUGCACGCGACGGUUCAUCUCGCCCUCCGCCCUCGAGGCGCACAUGCUUCUCCACACCAAGGACAAGCCCUACGAGUGCGACAUCUGCCACAAGAAGUUCCGCAUGCAAGUCAACCUUACGCACCACAAACGAAGUGUUCACGAAAAGGAGAAAUCACACCUGUGUCAGUAUUGUUCAAAGAGUUUCUUCAAAAAAUACCAUUUACAAAUACAUUUAAGGAGUCACACGAAGGAGAAGCCGUAUAAGUGUCCAGAGUGCGGCAAGUUCUUCUCCUCCUCCACGGGGCUCAACCAUCACAAGCUGAUCCACAGCGAGUACCGCAACUACCGCUGUCAGCACUGCGACAGCGCCUUCACGAGACCCGACUACCUUCAAAGGCAUCAGCUGAGCCACAGCAAGGAGAAGACACACCCGUGCCGCUACUGCGGCGUCAAGUUCAGUCGCUCAGACCACCGCAAGCGGCACGAGUUCACAGCCCAUGAAAAGCAUUUAGUAACAGUCUGAUAGACGUUUCGUCUAAGACAGGAAUCACUCACUGAUUUAAGAGCCACGCUCUUGUUGGUCAUUUUCCAUGCUACUUUUUUGGGGAAAAGUAGGGCAGUGGUUUCCCUCUUGCCGUCCGCGAGUGGGUUGGCGCCCAAUCUAUUUCAAAGCCGUACUAUGACUCCUGUCCUCCGCCUCUGAAUAGUACUGAUAGUUACUGCUGCCCUCUGUCAGGUUCCAGGUUACAGUCCCUGUGACAUGCCUCUUUCGUCCUGCAUUACCGCACCGAUGGGUCCCAUUUCCGCUUCUGCAACCGUUGAGGUUUUCACCCGUGUGCCUCCCUGGGCAAUGGUUCUACGUUAUGCCUAGUCUGGGUCCCUAUCUGAACUCAGCCACUGAAGCUAGAGGCGCCACCACCCACGACAAGGAUGCACCGUACAAGAAAUGGCCCCAGUGGAAGACAGGAAUAACAGGGAAAUAAUCGAAGACAAGGAAAAUAUUGUACAGAAGGAGAUAGUCAAAUUAAUAGAUGUACAUUCCUUCAGUUAAAACGAAGAUGUUGUGAAAGUAAGUCCAAAAUUUGUUUUAACUUUUUUAAUAUUUUGUGACAUUUUCUAUUGAAAUGAAAUUUAUUUGCACACACAAAUUUAUUUAUUGCAAAAGUACCUACCUCUACGUUUUUGGAACUAUGUGUAUAUAAGAUAUGUUUUCAUUAAAAUACUAUUUUCAUCGUUA